UCAAUCAGGAAAUAAAUCAGAAUGAAACUAGUAUUUUGACGUCAUUACCGCAUCAAGAAUAAAAUAUUUUAUUGAAAGACGCAAGCGCUGUGACACUAAAUUCCAUAGUUUAUCAGACAGGUGUAUUUUUCACGGUUGUAAGUUUUAUUUCGUGUUAAGAAGAAGAAAUCGCGAAUGGAGAUAAAUCAGAAUAGACCAACAAUAACGAUCGGUUUCUCCGGGAAUGUAAUUGAAAGCGCCGCGUAUUUAGUUGCAGCACUGUCGAAAUUACGCUUUGAUCUUGAUUGGACACAAACCAGAAGAGAUCUGUACGCGAGGAUCCAGUAAGAAUGGCUGCCGUUUUUAGAAGAUUCAGAGCCGUGCAGAUCACGGUGAUCGGCAAAACUAAACUACCGUCAUUUGUUACCAGCCGAUCUUUUGCAAGGUCAUCGAUCCGACAGGAUAUCAGCGAAGGAUGGAUAAACAAGCUUUUCGUAAGAAAAAUCGAGCCAACCAAAGAGUCUCAUUCAAGGAUGCUGUCAGAUAAAGGAGUUAUUUACGCCUUGCACACGCACAAUAUUCGACCCGAUUCCAUUGAUAAAUAUUUGACCAAUUAUGAAGAGAUUGUUAACAUUAUAAACUCCAAGAAAUCUGAAUUGAAAUUGGAGCUAGUUGGUUCAUGGACUGUCGUAGCUGGUGAUAUCGAUCAAGCGUUGCAUCUAUGGCGAUACUCUGGUGGCUAUGAUAGUGUUGACCGCACACAAAUUGAAUUGUCUAAAGAAGGGGCAUAUCAACAAUUAUUCAAAGAGAAUGGCAAAUAUCUACGGUCACGUUAUUUACAAUAUUUAUUGGCAUUUAGCUAUUGGCCUCCUCUUACAAAACGAAAUGGUUCGAAUAUAUAUGAAAUACGUAGUUAUAGGUUACAACCUGGUACUAUGAUUGAAUGGGGUAAUAAUUGGGCAAAAGCCAUCAAUUAUAGACGUAACAACAAUGAACCAUUUGCUGGUUUCUUUUCACAAAUUGGUAGAUUAUAUAAUGUCCAUCAUAUUUGGUGCUACAAAAAUCUUCAAGCACGAAUGGAAACUCGUGAAAGUGCAUGGAGAUCUCCAGGAUGGGAUGAAUGUGUUGCAUAUACUGUACCAUUAAUUAGGGAAACACAUUCCCGUAUAUUAAGACCAACUAACUUUUCACCAACAAAAUAAGAUUUUAUGUCCACAAAUCUAAAUGCAUUUGUAUAAUACAAUUUAUUUCUUAUGUUUACAUUAUAAUGUAAAAAUAUUUGUUAUAUUAUACAUACUACGUUUAUAUAACUGUAUAAAGUAAGCGCUCAAUAUGAAAUGAAAUGUAGCAUUUUGUUGUAUUGCAAUUACUAAAAUGUAUUUUAAUAAAAUUUAAACUUCUUUGUUACUAUAA